AUGCGAACUUUCUUUUCCUUCCUCUUAACCGUGUCAAUUUUCUCUGCUGUGCUUGCUUCCAUCCGGCUGAUGGUCACGCCAAAAUUCAGUCUUAGUCAACAACCCUUCCUCUUUCUUGGCUCCAUCAUAUCCUCUAUUUUGGGACUUGUGCAGUGUGGAAAGGUGAAUCAGCCAGUGUGUGCUCGCCAUUUUGCAGCUUUGGCAAUGAAGCGGCUCCGAAGGGCCAUGCUUUGUGCCCCCAUCGUUGUGACGUUGUUCACAAUGGCUUGCCUACCUACACCAGGAUCGAUUACUGAGUCAACCUCAUCGUCUGAUCUCGCAUUACAUUUAUCUGGAUGCCGCCAAAUUUUCAAUGAAAGCGAAAGUGCAUCUAAGAAUCGCAGCUACCUAUCAGUGUCAAUUGGAAGUUCAUUUGAGAUAACCUUUCACGGCCUUUGGCCCCUACUAUGCCUUUGUCUGGCCAUUCACGUUUUCCUCUCCGGCCAGCUUCGAUGUAGAACUCGCAUCCUGCUUUGUACAGCCAUCGCUUUCGUUCAUCAACUCAUGGUUAUCAUUACAAAGUACACUUCUCGACUCAGCCGUCGACAGUACCUCUGUCCUCUCGAUGGUCCUUUGCGCCCAUACGCUUGGGACGACGCUGGCGUAGUAGCCUCUUGGUGGGAUUCUACUGAUGUAGUGUUCUGGAGAGGGGUAAUGGUGAACCUAGUGGCCUUCGCCCUCACCAACCUCAUCGGCUGGCAAUUGGCUAAGGCGAACAACCUUGAACGCUGGCGCUGCUUGUGUGUCAUGCUUUGCAGCGCCGCCAGAAAGUCAGCCCUGACGUUGACACAAAAAAAACUUAGCCUCGUCUCUCGUUCAAUUGUUCCACCGCCUCUGGCUGGAGAACUGGAACGCGACUUCUCUACAACCGCGUGUACCUGGUCGUCGCCACUCGUUAUUUACCUUCGAAAUGUCAGACACAACACUUCGACUGUUUUGGGGCCCCUCAUCACCAAUUCCACCCGGGUUAGUGAACCAGGGUGCUCUCUGUGGCGUCGUCUUACACGUAACCCGACACCGGACCAUGGAGAAUCCGGAUGUGUUUGGCCUUUUUUGCACUCACCCUUUCCGCUUCUCGUUCCCAGUUUCCUCAACGCCGAGCUCGUCGGUUUCUGUACCUCGAAUGGCUCGGUGGCCGGGUCGGAGUCGCAGGAGGCCGAGCGCCUCCCCAACCCUGCGCCAGCACACGUGGUUUCCUUUACCAAUCAACUCCUUUCCCAGAUAAAGGCGCUUUCUGAGACCUGCAGUCAAGAAGGCGGAAGAAAUUACCGCCUUCCAACCGCUCAAGGUGGAGAAAGCACGAAGGUGCGCCUUGACCAACUUCUGAACUGGCCUGACGCCAAUUCAAGCCUGGAGUUUGUUCCUGAAGUUUGUCUAAAAGACGGUCUCGUAGACCGAGUUUUCUGGAAGGUCGUGACAGUUGAACUCGUAAUGCACCUAACCCUCACUAUUAAUCAAAAUUUGUCCGAUUCAUUUUGUCCGAAGUCCUACUUUCCAAUAGGACAAGGGUGGAUAGUGGACUUGGUACACGAAGCUGUGCCAGUCUGCCUGGAAUUUCCACCCUCUGGUCCAUUGUUUUCCACCGGCACUUUCAACAUCCCGCGCCUGACAGCGGACACAGGCCUGGCUAAUGGCUGUUACGUCGUGCACUUGAGGCCCAAUGAGAUCCUGUGCGUAGCGGGCUACCCGGAGGUGCGCGUUGACCACGCUCACUCCUGCGUCCAGCUGGCGCUGGCCAUCCAACGACUCAUCAGCGCUGCCAAAACCCUUCAAGGGGGUCGGUGGGUUAGUGGGGGCCUUAAGGCUUACUCCACUGACCGGUCGUUUGGUCGUCUUCGAUAA